CUCGGACUCUUGUCACAUCGCGAUCGACGAAGGCCAAGUCAAGUCACAUUCAUCAGUGACAGUGUGAGUCGUGAUCGAGUCGUGAGUCUUGAGCGAAUCACGAAUCCACGGAUGGUGAAUGGUGAAUCUCCUGAUUGCCGACGACGAGGCACUUCACGAACUCACACUCCAUCACCUGUCUGCUCGUCUAAGCUGCUCACCCACGCGCAAGGCUGGUAAUCCUUCAAGGGGUGUGACCCUGCUCUACUGGUAAAAGCACAAUCGUGCCAAGCGAGACGAAAAACGCUUCGUAGCUUUGACCUUGACAAAAGUCUGCGCAAGCGACAAGCACCAAGCGUUUCAGUACCGCAACAAGCGUUUCAAAACAUUUCAGUACCGCAAGCCAGCCAGCCAGCCAGCCAGCCAGCCGUCUCUCUCGAGCUUCUUUACGGUGGCUGACGUCGCAGCCCGCACGAAAAGCAUGCACCCUCAGAACGCCAUUCAUCGGCAGAGCCUGGAGGCCAGGGAUGACUUUUGGCUCAAGGCGUCCAAAGAUAUCUCGUGGCACUUGCCGCCCACAACUGCGUACGGCAAGACUGAUCUUUCGCGCGAGACUGCGCCCUACGCUCAAGGCAAGACCUGGUUCCCCAAUGCUCAGCUCAAUACCUGCUUCAAUGCGCUGGACAGGCACGUCUAUCCACCACCUUACGCUGGCGCUCCACCUCUUACGCCCAGCCCUCACACUCCACAUUUGGCCAUCGACUCUGCUCUUUCGCAGCGCAUAGCUUUUCAUCACGUCUCGCCUUUGCCCUUUCAGAAACAACAAUAUCGAGCCAUCACUUAUGGCGCUGCUUUGGAGUACGUCCAGACCCUCGCCGGGGUGCUCAAGAGCAAAGGCCUCAAGAAGGGCGAUACUGUCAUCAUCUACAUGCCCAUGAUCCCAGAGACUGCGCUAGCCAUGCUGGCGUGCGCGAGGCUAGGCGCUAUCCAUUCCGUCGUCUUUGGCGGCUUUGCAGCUCGAGAGCUAGCCAAGCGUAUCGACGACAGUCGAUGCAAGCUGGUUCUCUCCGCUUCUUGUGGGUUGGAGCCACGAGGGCCCGUGGAGUACAAACCUCUGGUGGACGCAGCUUUCGGCCACUGCAAGCACAAACCUCAAGGCUUGCUCUUCUUGGCCAGAAACACCAUCUCUGGGCAUGAGCCACCGCGGAUCGACGCUCGAGGCAAGGCGGGAGUGCCAGAGUGGGAUUGGGAAGACGAGCUGAGGCUAACGAGGGAAGGUGUGGAUGGAAGACACAAGUGCUGGUCUUGCGUUCCUGUAGCUUCAGAGGAGCCCGUCUACAUUCUGUAUACUUCCGGAACAACCGGUACUCCGAAGGGCGUGACCAGAUUGACGGGUGGGCACGCCGUCGGUUUGAGGUACUCUAUAGAGCACGCCUUUGGAAUGAAGCCUUCGGACACUAUGCUUUGCGCCUCUGAUCUAGGCUGGGUAGUCGGUCAUAGUUACAUUCUGUACGCUCCACUCUUCCUCGGCGCUUCCACGUGCAUUUUCGAGGGCAAACCCGUCACGCCUGACGCUGGGAUUCUGUGGCGGACGAUCUCUGCGCUGGGUGUCACACAUCUCUUCACGGCGCCCACAGCUCUGCGAGCCGUGCGCGGUCAAGACCCCUCUGGUCAACUGAUGCGCUCACCAAGCAUCAAUCUUCGCACUCUACGGGCGCUUUUCUUGGCGGGCGAACGAUCAGAACCGACCCUAGUCUCGUUUUACCAAAAACGGUUGCGAGAGAUUGCUGCUCCGGGCUUCGAGACAAACGAUAAUUAUUGGCAAACGGAAUCGGGGUCUCCAAUCACCGCUCUGAUGCUGGGCAGUGCUUGGCACAACUUGCCCUGCAUCCCAGGCUCUGCAGGCUUGGCUCAGCCUGGCAUGGACGUUCGUAUCGUCGACGAUGCUGGCAACGAGAUUCGCGAAGCGGGAAAGAUGGGCAACCUGGUCGUUGCUCCUCCCCUGUCGCCCACCUUUCUGGGUGGUUUGUGGAAUAACCAGGCUGGUUUCCACGAUGCUUAUUGGAGCCGUUUCCAGAAACAGGGAUGGUUCGAUACGGGAGAUGCGGCCGUCAUGGAUGAAGAGGGAUACAUUACCAUCUUGGCUAGGUCUGACGACAUCAUACAAGUCGCCGGUCAUCGUCUGGGCACGGGCUUGCUGGAACAAGUCCUCACUUCUCAUCCCGACGUUCUCGAGUGCUGCGUUGUGGGAGCACCCGAAAAGACAAAAGGAACGGUUCCAUUCGCCCUCGUCGUCGCUCGUUCGGACCGGAAAGAGCAAGAUGUUGAAGCGAUACUCAAGAAUGUCAACGAACACCUUCGAGCAGAGGUUGGUCCCAUAGCACAGCUUGGCGCGCUCGUCCUCACUUCUGCUCUGCCAAAGACGCGCUCGGGCAAGACGCUUCGGAAGGUAGUCAGGGUCGUCACGGAGCAGGCAGCAGAGGGCAAGAGCAGCACGGAUAUCAGUCAGCUUCCGGUUCCGCCAACCAUCGAGAGCAUCGACGCGGUGCACAAGGCAGUUGAAGCGAUCGAGAAGCACUUUGCGAUUCGCACCAGAUUGUAGAGCAUGGAGCGUCGCUAAAUACAUCGAUUGCUAUGCAUUGCUGCUAUACAACAGGCUCCCAGUGGACAGCAGCCCGAGGAUUGAUUCGGUUAGACGGGAGGGCCGGGCAAAAAGGCCAACCUCUUCAGCAGAUCCUCUGCUUCUGCGGUGUGCUCAGUAUUGGCCGCGAUGACCCUCGUCAAGUACUCGUUGGCAAGGGCCGGAUUCGCUUCCCUUUGUGGUAUCGCGGCGUCUGGAAUUUGGUGCGCAAACUCUUGACUAUCUAGAUCCAUAGCCGAGGUAUCCUUGUCUCUUUGCGCGCCCGCU